AUGUCGUAUGUGGUAACUGGUGCAACUGGUCAAGUCGGUUCUGCUGUUGUUGAUUACCUUCUUGCAAAAUCGGUUUCUGUUCAUGUCAUCAUACGUUCAGAAGAUAAAGCACAAGCAUUUCGAUCGCGUAAUAUUCAAGUGACGAUUGCUGAUUUGACCGAUGUCGAAGUAUUGACGAAAGUAUUUCAAGGUGCGAAAGCUGUUUUUGCCAUGAAUCCACCAGGCUAUGAGAAACCUGAUUUGCAACUGGCAGCAGCAAACGUUAGUCAAGCGUUGGCAACAGCUAUUCAAGCAGCAAAAGUCGAACGCGUUGUUGUAUUGAGUUCAGUUGGCGCAGAAUUAAGUGCGAAAACAGGAUGUAUUCUAACAACACACACACUCGAAGAAGCAUUGAAAGAAAGUGCACCACAAGUUGUUAUAGUUCGAUGUGCAUGGUUUACUGAAAAUUGGUUAAGUGCUGCAUCGGCAGUGAAAGCCGGACAUACACCAGUUCUGGGUUCAAUGUUGCAGAAAUUAGAUCGAAAGAUUCCACAUGUUGCGACAAAUGAUAUCGGUCGAGUUGUAAGCGAAUAUAUGUUGAAACCGAACAGUGAAGUUGAUAAACUAACGGUGGUCCAGUUAGAGGGACCAGAACCGUACAGUCCGAACGAUAUUGCGAAGGCAGUCGGAGAUGUUUUAGGAAACUCAGUCGCAGCAGCUCCGUUGACUGAUGAUCAUAUACGUGAAAUUUUAAGUAAACAUGCAUGGCCUAAAACAACAACCGACAAUUGGAUUGAAAUGGUCAAAAGUUUCGACGAUAAUACCAUACAUUGGACCACAGAUGAAAAAAUUACUCGAAUCCAAGGUAAAGUUACUAUAGCUGAUGUUCUGAAAACAAGUUUAAAAUAA